UAAACAUAUAUACAUAUGUAUGUAUGUGUAUAUGUAAGUAUAUAAUCCAUGAAAAAGUAUUUAGUUAGCAGAAUGAAGUCCACCAAAAGUUUGGCUGAAGACGUUAACGACAGAUGACAUAUUUUAAUUCUUAAUAAGCUUUGGACGUGAAAGCACUCAAGCAUUAAGUGUGCUCAACGCCUGGCAGCGCAGCAGCGGAGUAAAAAAAAAAAAACAAAGUACAGUCGAAAAAAGGCAAUAAGAACAACAUAAAUCUUGGCUGCUUGUAAUUUUACAAGAAAAAAAGGAGCAGAAAAAAAGCAUUAUUUGAGAGUAAUCUUAUAUUUGAGCCUCAAAUCACUCUACAGAUAUACACACACACACACAUAGCCGCUUAUAUGUAUAUGUAUGAAAGCUUCUGCGCCAACUAUACUACUAUAGCCCUAAAUAUCAAAUUGUAACAACAAAGCGUACGCACAUAAAUUACAAAUUAACAUACUUAAUGUAAUUACAAACGCCACCAUUCUCGUGCGCAUAUUUACACGCAAAGCUCACGCCUCCGCUCACGCCCUAGUUAUCCUUUGCACGAAUACCAACAAUGCAAAUGCUGUCAUUCGCAGGAUUCACUGGUCUACACCGCCAUUACGGCCUAAUACGCUGCCAAGUAAUACUGUUUGGAUGUGUGUUGUUGUUGUUGUUAUUUGUGCUUUUUAUACUGCUCUGGCGCCCGUCAUACAUGUUGACCAACGGCAAUGAUAACAUUAACAACAACAAAAACUACGACAACGACAACGACAACGACAACGGUAUUAACACAAAUACGUUACGUAAGGAUGGAUUUCGAACGCAAAAUUGCAAUAAAUUAGUUGAAAAUCCCAACAGUCAACAGGAAGAUGUACCACCACCACCAAAACAACCCAUCAACCGUAGCGCUGCUGCUGCUACUUCUGCUGUAGUUAUUGUUGCUGACGGCGGUAUGGUCAGUGGUUUACUUGAUGACCACAACAAUUUGCUCAAGUCACGCAUCGCUGCCGGACGCGAUUUUGAAACAAAAAGCGUUGAGCUUGACAAUAUCAGCGCUCCUGAGAGGCCUAGCUUUACUGCGAACAGUGUAGAAAUUAUUGAAAAGUGUGCGAACAAUUGGAUUAAGAGUGAAGUUUCCGGCGAGAAUGACACCAGUAACGGCAGAAGAAAAAUAAAUAAACAUAAGAAAGUUGAUAUUUUGGAGAAUUUGUUGAAGAGACGACAUAAGAGAAUCAUAAUCUUCAGUGGAAGCGGUGUGGUCAAGUUCGUUGUAGGUGUGUCUUUUCCAAUAAUGCUUGCUGACAAAACCCGCUCCAUGGGUCACUACUAUAAUUUACAAGUCCAAUAUCCGCUACCAACGACACCCAUUUAUUGGUGGAACUUUUUCAACUCCAGCAGUUUUGCUGCCCGUCGUCAACAGCGUCAAGCGAAGGACACGCCGCCACAAGUCAAGCUGCAUCCACACAUAAAACAUGACGUGAGUCGCGAGUUCAUAUAUGAAGCAAUAGAGCAUAUUUAUGAACGGCAUGGCAUACCGGGGGAAGCCUGUUUACUGCAAGCGAUUUGUGAGGUGUCUCAAUUGCCUUUCCAUGCGCCACAACAGUGGGAAAAUAAUUUAGCACACUUAUGGCAUGCACUUCUGAAUGCUGUCUUAGUGUGCGUAUAUAAUUAUACAAAUAUUCCCACUGUACCUAAUGUGGAUAUGAAAUAUUUGCACGCCAGUCAAGCGGGACGUUUUGGCGUUGACUGUCAACGAGCAUUUGGUGAGUGCCCGCGGAGAGUAAAUGGGUGGCUGAGAAAUGUAGUAGAGCAAAACUAAAUUUAAUUAAAUAAUGUAAACUGUAUGAAACCGAAUUACAAUAAAUUUAAAUAAAUUAAAUU